CACCAAGUCAGCACGGAGAGAGCGCAACACCACGGUUACUUUUACAACCAGCUCAAACAAUAAAUAUAUGAUUUAUUCGUAUGCAGGAGAGUAGACAGACCAUUUUCCCUCUUGCAAGUUAAUGAUUUUUUUUUUUUUUUUUUUUUUAAACAUAAUUGAUCUGUCGCCGUGGCAGUGAUGCUGUUACUGCGGAGAUGUUGGGCUCUGGCUGAAAAGAAGAGGAUUAGAUGAUUCUUCGGAGUGAAACCAGGAAUAUUUCUGGUUUUCUCCUUAAGCCACUUGGGAAAACUGGGCCUUCCAUGAGAUGUCCAAAGGCCAGCUGACCACUGACCCGGUUACCAUGAGCAUCCAUCUGCAGGCCAAUCCUCAGCUCCACUUCGGAGUCAAUGGAGGGGCCAGCCAAAACUCCAGGUCAAGCGAAGAUGAGACUCUGCAGUUCCUGAGUCAGGAGGAGCAGGAGUGUAUCCUGUUCUUCGAGGAGACCAUUGACUCCCUGGAGGAGAGUUUGGAGGAGGAGGAGAGAAAGCAGGAGCUGGUGAAGCCCCCAGUGAGCAGUAGUCCUAUUGAAGAGGUAGAUGGACUCCCAACCUUGCCUUCUGCACCAAGUCCAAACCCUGGCCUCAUGUCCUCCUUGGUAAACAGACCACCCAGUCCUAAAGACCAGGACAUUAUAGACCUGGUCCGACCAGGCCCGGACCUGGUUCAGACCAACGAGCCACUCUUCAAUCCCACCAUGCCAGAUUUCCAGAGCAUGGUGGUGAGUCCUGACAGCCACUUUGAGAUAAAGCCAAGGCGUGAUCCAGUGGACAGCUUACCUUUGGAGUAUGAUGCUCCCCUACCUGUCAGCAGCCAUGGACCUCCAGAUAGCCAGUUUGCCUACCAUCCCCCAGGCUGUAUCCCCACUCCAGUCUUGAUUGCCCAGAAGAUAGCUGAGAACCAAGCAAGUGGACCCGCCAGUGUCCAUCCCUCUAUUCUUCUCCGCCGUAGGAGCCUAGAGUCUGACAAGCCACCAAGCUACAGCUUUGAUCAUCCAGCCAAACAGGGCCCUCCUACCUCUGCUAAGCCCACCCGCUUCCCUUCUAACAUCAGCGUGAUGCUUGGCAACAAGGAGCACCAUAACCAGUCGCUAGCUAAUGUGAACAUCCAGGAGAGGCGGGCACAGAUGCUGGCUAACUUAUCAGGGACGUCGCAUCCUCUGGAGCAGGUAAACUGCGAGCAGGUCUUAGAACAAAAGACUCGAAACAUUCCCACUCGCAGUAUUUCCUUCAGGGAUCCUACACCAGACAAAUCCAGGAAGGAGGCGCUGUCUAAGUUGGGCCUGACCAGGAACCGUGCUAUGUCUGGGGGUGUGUCUCUCCUUAUUACACCUAAGAGCACCACCCCACCUCCUCACACAGAUACAGAACCCAGCAUCAAACCUCCUUUGGCCAAUAUUCCCAAUCCAACCCAGAGCCAAACUCAUGCUGACAGGAAACCAGAGAAUGUGCUGACAGACUCCCUCAGCAGCGCUGGAGAUAAAACCCUUCGGGCAAGCCCCUCGCCACCGGCAACAGUCACACAAAGCAGCUACUAUCCACCUCCCUUUGAAAGCAAGCCACAACUCUCUCCUCCUCCUGAGGUUACCUCUUUGGACUUUAAUAGCUAUGGAGGGAAAACCAUUGUGGUGAACCCUUCUGCUUCCUCCAGGAAAGAACCUGUGGUUUCUUCAGGCAGCCUUGAUAGCAAAACACUCCCACCCACACUGGCUAACCCCAGUGAAUUCAACAGCUAUGGAGGAAAGACAAAAGUCAUGGCUGGUGUCUCUCCACUCAUGUCCAGGAACGACCUCCCAGACAUCCUCAGCUCUCACAUUGACAAGUGCAGAACGAUGCCAUCCCCUGCCAAAUCAGAAAUGCUACCCUACGAGCUCAACAGUUAUGGAGGGAAAACCCGAACCAUAACUCCCUCCACCAGCGCGACUCUCCCUUCCUCAGCCAGCCCAGCAAGGACUUCCAAAGCUCCAGCCCCAGCCCUGGCCCCCAAACCUAUCCGCCGCCACCACAGCUCUCACAGCCCACAGAAAGUAGUGGCACGGCACCAGUCUCCUGAACCAAGACGGAGGUCCACUUCCAAACAGGCAGCGUUUCGUCCCCAGGGCAUCACCGUGCAAUUUUCUGGACGGGGAGCCACAGACGAGUCACGCCGGGAAGCACUGAGGAAACUGGGGCUUCUGAAAGACACUUUCUAAAUCUUUGAUAUCUACUUCAUUGCUCAGUCUUGACCUGCAGAGCCUGAAUCUCAGUUCCAGAAGUUUCUGUGUGUAUGCAUUUGUGUUUAAGGCGUGGUCGGAAAGAGACCUACAUUUACUGUGGAAUGGAGCUGGAUCUUACAAUAGACCUGUACAGCCAGUUCUCAGUUCCUGGUUCCUGGUCAACAGAAAGCUCCAACAAACAAGUCAUGGUACAGUUGCUAUACACACACAGUUUUGCUGAUGAACUGUUGAGAAAGAAACAUGAACAAUUGCUUUAGAGUGCCUCUAAUUACCUAGAAAUUAUAGGUCUCUAAUGGAUGGUACAAGCAUCUAUUUGAGGAGAAGAAUCUUCUGGAUGUUUUCAACAUCAUUGAGAACAAAUUUUUUAAGGCUCCCCACGGUUCUCUCAAAAGGCAAACGGAAACCAUAUUUAUUUAGGUAACUGUAUUAUCAUGACAUAUUCUUUUAAGCAGCUUUCAGAAAAGUGAAAUUAGCUGACAUAAACAGGCUGUGUAAUCUGUUAUGCCCCUGUUACAUGGGAACUUGUGACCUCUUGUUUUCACUGGUUUGUUUACUGACUUGGGCAUUGUUGGUUUGGAGGGCAUUGUAGUCAGUGGUGUGUGUAUAUAUAUAUGUGUGUGUGUGUGAGAGUGUGUGUGUGUGUUUCUGUCACAGUAGUUCAGCGCUUACGAGCAAGAACAAAGCUGAAAGCACUUUUAUUAGAGCAAUUUAUUAUUCUGAAGUGAUCAUAACUCUAUUGUAAUCAAGAGAUUCUAAAGAAGCCUACUUUUGGGUACAACAACUGGAAAGAACAGUAAAGGACACGAAAUUAGACCACUGUCAUCAGGAAUGAUGCAAAAACUGAAGAGAGGAAUUAGAGAUGAAAACUAGUGGUGAUUUGUGUAUUAAGUGAUAUCUCAUAUUAGUUUUGUUCCUAUUUCCGAUGUAGAGGAAAUGCAUGACUGUUGUACCAAUGAUUCCACUGAGUCCUCUGUCCUAGAGUUUAGUGAAAAGAGCCUGGGUUUCUUGGAAGAAGCAAUAUGGUAAGCUGUGCUAACUACAGAGUUGGCUGGAGGGUAUUUAUACUCCACGGACAAGCCUCCCACACCAAACCACAGACUGUGGAAUGAGGUGUGGGUAGGACUUUUUACUACACUGAGGGAGUAUGUGAAACAAGAAAAAAAAAAAAUACCGUGGGGGAAUGGGCGAGCACAUGGCAUUGUACAAAACACAAACACUCAAACCACAGAAUCUAGAAAUACAUGCCAAGAUACUUGUUUUUUCCCCUGUCACACUGUUGUUGAUGACUCUGCUGUUCUGACAUUUGAAGUGUGUUAUUUAACUGUCACUGUAACAUAUGUGUCUGCCACCCUUGCUGGUAUGAAACCUGACGUGUGUGUGUGUGUGUGAGAGAGAGAGAGAGAGAGCGAGAGUGUGUUAGGGAGUGUAUCUGUGUGUGUGCAUGCCUGUGUGUGUGAGAAACCUGUGUGUCCUUGUUAGACUCCGGCCUCUGUAGGUAUUCUACAGUAACUCUUGAAGUAUCUUUUGAAUCAUGCAGUUGUGCAUUAUGGAAGCGCAGCUGUGCCGAUCUUUUUGUGAAUUUUGUUUACAGACUCCGGUUUUUUGUAGCUCAUCUACAAUAAUUUUGAAGUAUCCAGUGGUGCAUACAUACAUAUAUACAUACUGUAUAACCCACACUAAUGAAAUGUAUCAGCAAGUCAAAAUGUGUAUAAUAGUAGUUGGGAGAUCAGUGGCCAUCCAACAGUUGCUGCUAUGGUACAACAGCUUGGUAUGCUUUAUUCCUAAAUUCUGAAACAUGUACUCUGCUAAAUAUAUGUUAAGUUUUGGUCAAUCAU